GACUAAGGAUGAUAUGAGAGAGUGUGUGUGUGUGUAAGAGAGAGAGAGGGAGAGGGAGAAAGAGAGAGAGGGAGGGAGAGGCAGGUGGAAAGGGGGAGGGGUCUGGGGUGGUCCAGACAGACGCUCCUUGUGUACCUCACACACUCUCAGCCUCUGCUGCGCAUCAUUUAAGAGGAGCCCGGCCGUCGCUUUCUCCGGUCAGUCUCACCGUCUGCGCUGCUUUACACAACAAGACCGCUUCUUUGACGCUUCUCCGCCACUUUUCCUCUCUGUUUCGUCUGCCUCCGGGACCAGCUGGUGAACUUAAACCACCUCGGCACCUUUAUAUGGAAAAUACGGAUCCACAGGGCGCGUUUAAUCUCUCCCACCCGAGAGAAAAAGCGCACGGAGGGAAACGGUUGAGGGCUAAAUGAACGCAGCCGUGAUUCUCGGACGCACCGUGCAUCAUGAGGAUACUACAACUACCAACAAGGUAUAAACAAAAAGAAAGAAAGUGUGAAUUUAUCCCGUGUUAUCAAUGUGCUUUGUCAAAUGAGGGGAUUUGCGCAGGCUUUGUAUCAGGGAUUAUCUUUUUGGAGCACUUGCGGCUGGGUGGGAUGCUUUCAUUUGUGCUAUGUUGUCUUAUCGCAGCAUUGGUGAGGAUGUCUGCAUCGUCAGAAAGCAGAACCUUUUCCCUGCUGCAGUGUGGAGAGACUGCUCAUUCCACAUGUAAUUUUAUUAGCGGAAAGCACGCAGAAUAAGUUGAGUCUACGGUCAUGGAAGUGGGUAUUUUGUGUAGUCAGGGUAUGCAUCAACAUAGUCAACGUCUUCACACAAAUAGUAGACUGUUGUGUCUCCGUACAGCGCAGAUGGAAACAGAUAUUUAUCAGCUCUUGAGACACAGUCUCUGAGUGUUAUUUUGAAAGUAGUCUUCCUGCACAGUGGGCUGUGGAGUCAGGAGAGAUACUCUGAUGCAUUCAUGGUCCUACAAGUCUCAUGCAUAACCUCUGAAGUGAUGUAGCAAGCCAAUCCAAGCUCUCUGCAUCUAGGCCAAAGUGCAUAAAACAACAGAAUCAAUAUUUAAAACACCAAACCAAGAAUGGGCAGGUUUUCUGUCCUCAUGUGCAUUUCUUCUCUUGCAGCAUCAUUUCCCCUUGGUGUGACAUUGUCAGUUUUGCUCUGAACACCUCUGUUUACAUUUCUGGGCUGGAGAAGACUCCUUUUUUUUCCUUCUUCUUUUCUUUCCCUCAUGAACAAGUGGGGCACAGAACAAUGCUCUCCAUCUCACUCUCCAAUCAGGCCGAACAGGGUCCUCGAAUUAGAUGCAGACAAGUUGGAUUAUAGGGAGCUGGUAUGGAUGUAUAAGGGUGUGCUGCAGUCGUGUGCUAUGCUGUUGAAGUGUUCCAUUUCCAUAAUGAUAAUUAUAAAGUAAGUUUUGGUGCAUUUUUAACCCAUAAAUCACAUUUCAAACUCAAAAGUGGAGCUUUUUUUGUAACAUCCAGGUGAUGCUGCCAUAUUGAGAUACUGUACACAGCCUGUUUUUUUUCUUCCUUUGUAUCCACUGUGGGCUGCUGUGCAUGAUUUUUGGCAGUCAGUGUUAGCUGAUUGGAAGUGAACCAAAACUUAUGGUCUCAGAGCUCUCUCUUUUUAUCUAUUUUGAUUCACAGAAAUGAGGCUGUAGCGGCAGAAGGACUCACAGGAGACUAAUGGAAUGAUUAAGUCACAGGAUUGGAGGCUCUCAGCGAUCUUUAUUUAAGACUUUUCAUGUUAACUUCAUAAUUUAUCUUCUCUAAAGUACCACAGUGAGUGGACAUGUGAUGAUAGUCAUAAAUAAAAGCGUGCUUAGAGCUUAUGAACACUUUGGCAGCCCAGCCUCUCCUCUAAUAUUAAUCUGAAUCAUGUUGCACUGCUUUUCAUCUGAAUAUUCAAAUGAAUUUAUUUCUGUUUACAAUUUGCGCUGCACUCCGUAUUCAACCCUGAAGUAGAGCUGCAUAAAAAUAGAAAGUACUUCACUUGCAAAAAAAGGACGCUGCAGAAAUCUUCAUUAAUUGCAGUGCAUUGGGAAUUAUUAAACAGUGUGUUUUCUCACUUUGCGUGUACAUUUUACCUGUUAAAUGGAGGCCUGGGUAUUAUUGGUCAUGCAUUUACACAAUCUGAUGCAUUAGCCAGAUGCAAACUACCCUCGGAUUAAUCAUGGAUGAUUGCAUGGUGGAAAAAAAGCUUUUUGAAUGUGUGAAGGAUUCAGGAGACACAUGUUGCAAACACAAACACUGUGCAAAUCAUGAGGAACAACAGGUGACACUAUAAACUGAGUAACAGCAGCUAAUUUGGACUCUUUAGUAGUUGCUCUUGAACAUUGCAUUGCUAUCUUGUGUAAUUCAGAGGUUAGAUUUGCCAUUUUUUUCCUAAAUUAAACAGCUUUAGUUCAAAUUUUAACAAAACUAAGAUGCUGAAAAAUAAAACUGUAAACAACGGAUAAAAAAAAGUGAUUUCUGAGAAUAAAGAGACAAACCGUUUGUUUGUUCACAGGGAGGACCUGGCAUGGACCGCCGUGUCUAAAUGAAGUGGUUCAGCCAUGCAAUGUUCCUGGAAGGCAGUGAUCCUGCUGGCCUUGGCCUCCAUUGCCAUCCAGUACACGGCCAUCCGGACACUCACCUCCAAGCCUUUCCAGCUGUGCCCGCUGCCCAGCCCCCAGAACUGCGGCCUCGGGGGCCAGGAAACAGACCCUCCCUUUGAGCGGGGCGCGGCAGGCGUCGGAGGCUGCGACGACUACCCUUACUUCUCCAUCAAUGCCACACGCAAAACGCACAUCCUGGUCCUGGCCACCACGCGCAGCGGCUCCUCGUUUGUUGGUCAGCUGCUCAACCAGCACCAGGAGGUUUUCUACCUGUUUGAGCCUCUUUAUCAUGUCCAGACCACACUGAUCCCGCGGUUGUCACACAGCCGCAAUGCCGCAGACCGGCGUGUGAUGCUUGGCGCCAGCAGAGACCUCCUGCGCAGCCUGUACGGUUGUGACCUCUACUUCCUGGAGAGCUAUAUCAAACCGACGCCUACCAACCACACCACAGAUAAGCUGUUCCGCCGUGGUGCCAGCCGAGCGUUGUGCCAGCAGCCUGUAUGCGAUGCCUUUGGUCCUGCAGAUGUGAAUGUGGAGGAAGGGGACUGCGUGAAGAAGUGCACAACCCUGAACAUGACGCUGGCGACGGAGGCAUGCCGAGAGAAGCGACACAUUGCAAUUAAAAUUGUCCGUGUGCCUGAGAUAGGAGAUCUCCGGGCUUUGGUGGAAGACCCGCGGCUGAACAUCAAAGUGAUCCAACUGGUCCGAGACCCGCGUGGUAUCCUGUCAUCCAGGAUCGAGACUUUCAGGGAUACAUAUCGUCUGUGGCGCAUUUGGAGAGCCACAGGGCGAAGACCAUAUAAUCUAGACUUGAGUCAGCUUACAGUUGUCUGUGAAGACUUUCUAAGUUCUGUUUCGACCGGUCUGAACCAUCCCUACUGGCUGAAAGGGAAAUACAUGUUGGUUCGCUAUGAGGAUUUAGCCAGGAAUCCGCUUCAAAAGACAAAGGAGAUUUAUGAAUUCCUGGGGCUGACUAUGGAUAAAAACGUGGAAGACUGGAUACAUGCAAACACUCGGGGCAGCAACGAGCCCUCGGCUAAACACAAGUUUGGUACGGUGAGGGACUCAGCGGCGAACGCGGAGAGCUGGCGUUUAAAACUGUCCUAUGAUAUGGUCGAAUACACACAGACUGUGUGUCAGAAAGUCCUCCACCAGCUGGGAUACAAGACCGUGAGAUCGGUCGAGGAACUGAAAAACAUGUCCCUCUCGCUGGUACAGGACAAAACUUUUGUACCUUUUUUGUAACAAAGAUAGUUCUCUAAUGACUAUUUUUGAUAUAUUUAUAAUUGUUGCCUUAUAAUUUCCUUAGUUUGUCGGUUUGGUUUCUGUAAUUAUGUUUCUUCAAAUUUGCACUAAAAUUAAAUAUUUUGAAUGCACCGGGGGACUUAUGGAUGAAACCCUUAUGUUGCAGAACAGCACACUUAAAACACACGGAGUAAGUUAGUUUAAAAUGUCUCAUUAUUUAGUUUUUCAUGAAUACAAACAAGACAAGACACUGUCUUUGUUGAUUUCCUGUAUGCAAGCUACUGUUAAAGCAGAACUCAAAUGUUCCCCGUCAUACACAUAAGACUGAGGGUUUGGUAAAGCAGAUGUUUUUUCUUUUUUUUCCUUAUUUUUAAGACCUGUGAUGGCAAAACUGGACUGUACAAGCCCUACUGUGCAAUAAAUAGUGAAUGUCGCAGUCAACCUUUACCACUAUGGCAUUUCUACCCGUGCGGGGAGGGAAGAGUUACCUCUGACAGAUGCUACGCUUGCAGAGGAUAAUUGCAGACAAUUAAUAGGCUCUCAAGUUUAAGGGACAGAAUCCCACUGGAUGUCACAAGUGUUUCAUCAGAGUAUUUACAGCCAUCUGUGAUAGACAAACACACUCUAAUGAGAGGUAAUGCUAAAUCUUCAUCACUUUGGCUUAUUUGGGAGAAUACAUCACAUUCAUCAAGACGAGCACGCUCCUAAAACUGGAGCAUUUUAUAUCUAAUACAACAUCAACCACAAAAAACCUUGUGAUGGAUGUUGAUGAAUUGGCACCUGUCGUUUUAAGUUAUGCAUUUGUCUCUUAAUUUUGCAGAGGCAGCUUGUAAAAGCUUCUUUCUGUCUUGCACACAGAAAAAGGAUUUCCUUGUUUGUUUCACACCUGAUAAGCAGCAAAAGUAUGAAACAAAAAAAGGCAUCCAAGUGCAGAAAUAGUAAAUGCAUUCUCUCUCAAGUGCAAUAACACGGCUCUUUUGACAGCCCACGUUGGAUUUAUGUUUAUAUUCCACAUGAAAGAUUCAUAACUGAGCAAGCUGUGUGUCUGCAGAACAGGUUGCACGGCUGACUUUUUUUUUCUGGGAUGUGUGGAAAGCUUCUGCACAACACUGAUGUAUUCAUAAAGCGAUCUACACCAAGUCACAUACAGGUAUUACAAUAAUGACGGGCCAUAAUCUGGAGCAAAUCCUCUGAUUGUCAUGGGAGCAGUGUGCUGGAUGUUUUCUCCAUGUCAUGUUAAAGGUUUUUAAAAAAGCAGAUCUGGCUUACUGUUCCGAGCAGGACACCCAGCGUGCUUUUUUUUUUGUCUUGCACCUUUAAUCGUUCGAACAGACGGCGCCCAAGCUUUAAAAUCUUAAUGUCAUUUCCUCUUCAAUGUUUUGACAAAACCAGUUACAUUCCUUAGUCCGUGCACAAAAUAAAACUCCUGUUAUUGACAAGACUAUUAGGAAAUUAGUGCAGUUAGAGGCACAGACAGCAGUGCUCUGGUAAACAACCCCACAGUUGGUUUUGAUUUGACGACGUGUUUACCAGAUUAUACAGUGGUUAGUCUGGCAAGAGUUAGUGAUCGUUUCAUGCUGUGCUCUGUUUGCAGCAGCUUAAACUGAGUGUCGGUUUGCAUUUCGCAGCACAGAAACUGUCAAGAAAAACACAGCUGCAUGUACGCAACGCAGGGUAAACGGUUUUCACGGUCUAACCCAAAGAAACCGGCUCAUAUGCAGCGGACGAAAACGCAGAAAAAGUUUGUUUUAUAUGAUACUGAUUUCUGAUGAUGCUGACUUUCUGUUUCAAUCUCCCACCAUUGCGUCAUCAUCGCAGACAAGCGUGCGGUCAAACAGCAUGUGACAGUCUGUCGAUUUCCAUGUACUUGUUUACCCAUAACAUAUAAGCCCUGUGAAUGGAGCAUCACACACAGGCUCAUCAGUAUUGGUGACCGGAUGUCCAUUGUGAUGCAGAGCACAAACCUUUGAUCCUCCUCUGUGCCGGGGCUUGGAGGCAAACUCCCUCUCUCCCUCCGUUCUCCCUCUGCCUGUGCUUUCUCCAUCAUCCACCUCUUUCUUUCUUACUGAGAUCUCAGGGGAUUGUUCCUUUGCUCCAGUGCUCACUCUCUGUUUUUCUCUUUACCUCUGAAUCUUCAGGAUGUGCUUGGCAUACUUUGUAAAUUUGAAACUGAUAAAUGCUGCAAAGCGGGGCUCAAGUACCGGCAUAUGAUUACUCUGUUAGCAGUUUGAGGAACAUGACGCCAUUGUGGGAAAUAUGCCUGUUUGCUUUCAGAGACUGACACCAGGUGACAGCUAUCGACUUAGCUUAGCAUUAUGUGGAGCCUUGAUGUGUUUGGUGUUUUUAAAAAUCAAAUACCGGCACUUCAAGGUGUCUUUAACAUUUAAUCCAUCAUUGUACAGCCUUGCAAACCAGUUAGCAACACCACAGGCACCUCUAAAAUCUCUAUUUGCAUGUUGUGACAUGAAGCAACAGGUCUGUAUUCGGAAAAAAAACAGGUCUCGACUGGUUAGCUUAGCUUAGCAAAAAGAGGGAUAUGACGAGCCUUACGAUCUCUGAAAUUAACAAAAAUAAGUCAACAGCGGCCCUGGACUGAGAUUUUUAUCUAAAAUGGUGAUGUGCCGAUCUUAAAAAUGAAGCUAAAAAGCAGCUGGUUUGCAAACACAGUUAGCAUUGCUACACAAGAACAUUUUCAUGGUGUAAAAACAAAGUUUAAACUUUAUUUUACCAACCUUUAUUUUGUUUUUUUGGCUCAGUUACCCAUUUCCACCUUUUGUGCUAAUCAGCUGCUGGUUUUAGCAUCCUGUACGUUGCUCUGAUACCUGGCAUAAAUCCUCAUAUUUUACCAUCUCUAAGCCGCUAAAAGCUCAAACUGGAUUGUGGUUUUGCUGUGUCAUUUAGCCCGCUGACUGUGAGAGAAAAACCUGAUAUUAUAGUCUGAAUAAUCCUGGUUUUGACUCACUCCAUCUGAACACACUUUUAUCUAAAGCUCUCAGUCAAAACUAACUUUGCUCUUAAGCGCUGGACUCUUAGCUGGAAACGGUGGCACACUUUCCUCACAUGUCUGACCCCCGUACACUGUUUGCAGCCUGCUCCCCAUGUGUCCUCGGCCCUGGCGGAGCCCCUCUGGUUGUUUACUGUGUCCCAAGGCUGAACAUAUGGCUCACAAGCCCCUGAAAGAAAGUACAGCAAAUCCCGCUCUCCUCAUGUCUCCCUCGCUCUGUUUUAUUCCUAUCCCCCCUCAUAAUGUGACCUUAAUAAUCUGACCCUGAGUGACUGCGAGAGAGAAGAAAGAUAUUUGCUCCUCUGAACUCGCUGUUCGCUGAGCUGAGCCGACAGAAUGUGUCCUAAAACUACUGAACAAAAGCUGCAGAGUGAAAAUAUUCUUGAAGAGUGUGCAGGAAGGAAGUUUUUGAAGUCUGUGAUGAAAAUCUGCUGUUAGCUCCUCACUUGUCUUGCUUUUGUCCUUGUUUGUGGGUGUAAAUCAUUGAGUGUUUGUCAUAGCUUUUCUGAUACUAUAUUUUCCAGUGUCUGAUACUAAAAAUAUUUGCUAAUAUCCCUCUUAUCCCAGGGCAAGAAUAAAUACAAAGAUACUAGCUUUCCUUUUAACCUGAUCUGUAUGAAUGUAUCUUUCAUUUUUAUCCCCCUUAUGUGGCUGAGUAAUCCACGGCUACUUGGCUAUGGUAGGGUUAGUUUAGCUCGUAUGGUCACAUGUUCUAAGAAACAUCAGAGUAAGGCUUUCCGAUUAUCAAAAUAUCUAAGUUACAAUAUUAUUCCCAUAUUUUUUUUAAAUUUAAUAUGUCAGCAAAUUUUUAAAAAGACGAGGGCAUGACAGCCUAACAAAUUCAAGUCGUAAAUUUUACUAAUAAACACAAUCCACUUACACGUCAUCAUCCAUUUUGAAUUAUGUUCAAAUUUAUGAUUUGGCUCAUAAAAUUGAUUGUUUUCCAUGCUUUUAUUGUCAAAUCAUUUGUUGUCUUGCAUUUAGGUGCUUUUAUUUUGAAGUAUAAGCUAUUGCCGUCAUAUUGUAAGUUACAGAACUGAGUGAAAACGGUAAGAAAGUAUAAGUGUUCAAUUAGUUGGUAACUUGAAAAGUGAUAAAAUCAAAAUUUCAGUCAUGGUUCUAAAAACUACCAACUGAAAAUGCAAGGUGGUAAAAACUGAGGCUUACAUUUGGCUCGCUCUGACUAAGGCUAUGUUCACGCAGCAGGUCAAUUCUGAACUUUUAACCAUAUGUGACACAUAUCUGAUUUUUUCAUGUAAGUGUGGACAGUUCAAUUCUGAUUUUCUUCAAAUCCGACCCAGGCUUCUUUUGUAUAUGGAUAUAAAUCGGAUAUGUAUCCGAUGUGGCUGCAGUGUGGACGCUCAGGUCGCGUUCAUCCGACCUAUACGUCAUCAAUAUGCAACAAACGUCACCAUUGUUCGACAACACAAACAGGCGCGGAAAGCAAUGGUGGACGGGGGAACGGAGAACAGCCAGUGGCAAAAAGAAGAAACAUUAGAGUUGAUAAAUAU